GUGUAAUGUACAUCAAGAAUGUCGCACUUGUUUGAGCCAUGGCUUUGAGUGUUCCAUCAGUUCCUCGCUCGCUACCGCCUCCAACAAGCGAUCGGCAAGAGGUUAAGGCAGUGUUGGCAGCUCAAGAUGUGGAGUCCAAUGCCCUCAAGGCGCAAUUGGCGGAUGCGCAGCGUGAAAGCUGUGGCACUCAGCAGUAAUCGGUCACGCACACGUGCGCAGAAUAAUAUCAUGCAGUGAUAACCAGUUUAUUGUGGAGGUGAAAACUGUUUUGCACUUGGUGGAUAUCCAUACUCAGAUUUGCCUGGUCAGGUGUAGGUGGAGUCGCUUUUCUUUGGUGUUUGUUGCGGUCCAAGUUGUAAAUAAUUUUGAAUAUGUCUUGCAGCACAGACUUUGAGUGAGGGCAUGGAAAUCUUUGAUUUUACAUUGUUUCAAACAAUUUCUUCACAGCAGAAGGAACGAUAUAUGACAUAUGACAUUAUAUGACUCAUUUCGCAUGUGCGAAAAGGGCAGCAAUGCUUAAUACAGUACAUAAGUGCUUGCAUGGAGUGUGCAUAGAUGUGCAUUGUGCAUGCACGUUGGCUUUCGUUGUCACCCCAUAGUCGUCUAGUUACGACUUGCUGUGGACUGCUUCAACCGCUGGUGGUUUCCAACGCGUGAGGCCGCCGCUUGAAGCACAAGCUGUGGGACCUUGAGGGGGAGCUCAAAGUGGCCAACGAGGCCACUAGUUCGGCAGAAGAACGCCUGAGCGCACAUGCAGAGCGCCAAGAGUUGCUGCUAUCGGCAGGUGUCGAGCGCACCGGUGUGGAGAGGGUGAAGCUGGAAGAAGAGCUACAGCGCAUGGAAAGAUUACUUUGGGAGCGAGACCAGGACAUUCGCACCUUGCGACACCGAGCCCAAGAACUCGAAUCCAGCCAGUUGCAUUUGGAUCUGGAGAUGCGGGGGCUGCAUGCCGCGAAAGAGACAAGCACCUCCCAGGCCCACGAGCUCAGCGGAAGCAUCUCAGAGCUCUUGCACAAGAAGCUGCACAAGGCAGAAGUCCAAAAGCACGGUAGCGUUGACUUUGGCUUCGACUUUGGCGCCGCAGCAUCACAGCGGGAAGCGAAGAGGCUGCAAGAAACCACCAAACUCCUGGAAACCAAGCGGCAGGAGCACGCCACCCUUCAGCAUCGAGCCGAGCAGGCUGCUGCUGAAGCACGUCGUUUGGAGGCAGAAGAAGCUUCGCUCCAUCAUCGAGUCCAACUCUUCGAGAAGGAGUUACGAGAGAAGCAGGGUCAGAUGGAGCAGCAUGACAAGCAAGCUGUGCAUGAAGGGGCCCUGCUGCGGGGGCAUCUAGACGAACUGCGCCAGGCAGUGGCCAAGGAACAGAAAGGCUUCAUGACAGCUGAUCACUUGGCAGUCUUGAAGCCUCACGUCUCGGAAGAGACACGAGCAGCCAAAGAAGAAGUCCAGUCAAUUCUGGCGAUGAUCCCAGAGCUGGAUGCAGCGCUGCGAGUCCGGAAGCAACACGUCUACAGUGCAGAGGUCCACUCUGAUUCCAUCGAUGUGGCGCUUCAUGCAGUGCUGCGCAGCGGAACAGCGGCCCCAGGGUUGGUGUGUCGCUUGGGUCACGCGGACUAUAUGAUCGGUCCACAUCGUGUUCAUCUCCUUGCAGGGCCAGGUGGCACUUUGCUCUAUAGCAAGGACGGUGAGCAGGCGCAGCAGAUCACCAACUUGCUUCAUGAGCAGGCGCAGCAGCACGCUUCUGCAGCCCAUCCUCAUCAAGAUUUCUGAGCGCAUGUCCUAUCGAAGUUUUUGGGGCCCUACGCCCCUUGGCCAAGGGUUUGGAGGAGUCUGUCGCAGACUAGAGGCACUCUUCACUCUCUUCGCUUGUCCACGGGUUUGUGUAAAGGGUUGUGAGAAGACCCGUG